AUGAUGCAAGAAUCUGGGACUGAGACAAAAAGUAACGGUUCAGCCAUUCAGAAUGGAGCGAGUGGUGGCAACCAUUUACUAGAGUGCAGCCUGCGGGAAGUGAGAUCAAACGGCGAGACACCUUCAGUUGAAAUCGGGGCUGCAGAUUUAGCACAUCUUCAGCAGCAGCAGGAACAAGCUCUCCAGGUGGCACGGCAGCUUCUACUGCAACAGCAGCAGCAGCAGCAACAGCAGCAGCAGCAGCAACAGCAAGUUAGUGGAUUAAAGUCUCCGAAGAGGAAUGACAAACAGCCAGCUCUUCAGGUUCCAGUGUCGGUGGCUAUGAUGACACCUCAAGUGAUCACUCCCCAGCAAAUGCAGCAGAUCCUCCAGCAACAAGUGCUAACUCCCCAGCAACUCCAAGUCCUGCUCCAACAGCAGCAGGCACUCAUGCUUCAACAGCAGCAGCUUCAAGAGUUUUAUAAGAAACAACAGGAACAGUUGCAGCUUCAACUUUUACAGCAACAACAUGCUGGAAAACAGCCUAAAGAGCAGCAGCAGGUGGCUACGCAGCAGUUGGCCUUUCAGCAGCAACUCUUACAGAUGCAGCAGUUGCAACAGCAGCACCUCCUGUCUUUGCAGCGUCAGGGGCUGCUGACGAUCCAGCCUGGCCAGCCUACUCUGCCUUUGCAACCCCUUGCACAAGGCAUGAUUCCAACAGAACUGCAGCAGCUCUGGAAGGAAGUGACAAGCUCGCACACAGCGGAGGAGGCAGCCAGCAACAACCACAGCAGCCUGGACCUGUCCACCACCUGCGUCUCCUCCUCUGCGACGUCUAAGACCUCCUUAAUCAUCAACCCACAUGCCUCAACUAAUGGACAGCUAUCAGUCCACACUCCUAAACGGGAGAGUUUAUCCCACGAGGAGCACUCGCACAGCCAUCCGCUCUAUGGACACGGCGUAUGCAAGUGGCCAGGCUGUGAAGCAGUAUGUGAAGACUUCCAGUCGUUUCUAAAACAUCUCAACAGUGAGCAUGCGCUGGAUGAUAGAAGUACAGCCCAAUGUAGAGUACAAAUGCAGGUUGUACAGCAGUUAGAGCUACAGCUUGCAAAAGAUAAAGAGCGCCUGCAAGCCAUGAUGACACACCUGCAUGUGAAGUCAACUGAACCAAAAGCAACCCCUCAGCCCCUGAAUCUGGUAUCGAGCGUCACGCUUUCCAAGACUGCAUCCGAGGCGUCUCCGCAGAGCUUACCUCAUACUCCCACCACCCCGACUGCGCCCAUCACUCCUGUCACACAGGGACCGUCGGUCAUCACUACCACAAGCAUGCACAACGUCGGACCCAUCCGGAGGCGGUACUCGGAUAAAUACAACGUCCCCAUUUCUUCAGCAGAUAUUGCGCAGAACCAAGAAUUUUAUAAGAACGCAGAAGUUAGACCACCAUUCACGUACGCAUCUUUAAUUAGACAGGCCAUCCUCGAAUCUCCAGAAAAACAGCUAACACUAAAUGAAAUCUACAACUGGUUCACACGAAUGUUUGCUUACUUCAGACGCAACGCAGCGACGUGGAAGGGUGCCAUUCGCACCAACCUCUCACUGCAUAAGUGCUUUAUCAGAGUAGAGGAUGAGUUUGGGUCCUUUUGGACUGUUGAUGAUGAAGAGUUUAAACGUGGCCGUCAUAUUCAACGAGGCCGUCCUCGAAAAUACUGCCCCGAUGAAAACUUUGGCGAGCUUGUUGCACAUAACCCUUCUCUUAUUAAAAACAUACAGACCAGCCACACCUACUGCACACCUCUCAAUGCUGCUUUACAGGCUUCAAUGGCUGAGAACAGUAUACCUCUAUACACUACUGCUUCCAUGGGAAAUCCCACUCUGGGCAAUUUAGCCACCGCGAUGAGGGAAGAGCUUAACGGUGCAAUGGAGCAUACGAACAGUAACGGGAGUGACAGUAGUCCAGGACGUUCCCCUAUGCAAGCAAUGCACCCCGUGCAUGUCAAAGAAGAACCAUUAGAUCCAGAUGAAAAUGAAGGCCCGCUAUCCUUAGUGACAACAGCCAACCACAGUCCAGAUUUUGAUCACGACAGAGAUUAUGAAGAUGAACCUGUAAAUGAGGACAUAGAAUGAGUAUGUCUGACAUCGUUAUCUUG